AUAUCUGCGGUACGCCCAUUUAUAAUACAGUAGUACUUUGCUAUCUAUUAGUCUAACAACUGUUAAUGUUAAAUAAAAUAAUUAAUCAUAUAAAAUGGGCAAAUUGUUUAUAAAGUUAGUUUUAUUCUUUAUAUUGCAAAAUACAGUUUCUUGUUAUGUGGAGUUUGUUGAUUUAACUUGGGAGUUUAACAAUGAAACUAUUUAUUGGCCUGGACAGCGACCAUUUGAAUAUACACAUGAAGUAGGUUCUACUGAAAGAGGAUAUUGGUAUUCGGUUAAAGAGUUCUGUGCUGCCGAACAUGGAGGAACUCAUUUCGAUGCCCCAUAUCAUUUCAACAAAAAUGGAUGGAAAGUAUCCGAGGUUCCUGAAUAUAGACUGUUUUCUCACGGAGCUGCAAUUGAACUAAACAAAACGGAACUGGCCGUGGAAGAUUUAGAAAAUUGGGAAAGAGAACAUAUUAAAUUUAAAAAGGGAACGAUACUGAUAAUAAAUACAAGAAUGGGUCAAUACUGGAACACAAAUAGGACAAAGUACCUUGGUUUGGAUUCUGAAAAUAACAUGAACUUUCCAGGACUGUCACCUGAAGCAGCCACAUGGAUUGCUAAUUCUGGCAAAUUCUACGGCGUGGGAAUUGACACUAUAAGCAUUGAUCCUGGAAGAAGCACGAAAUUUGAGGCUCACAGAAUUUUGGCGGCACACCAGAUUUACAUUUUAGAAAAUGUGGCGCUUACAGGCGAUUCUGUUGCCCCUUAUGGAUUUCAAGUAAUAGUGGCUCCUAUGAAAUUGGGGGGUGGUAGUGGAGCUCCUGUUAGAAUUUUUGUGGUUAUGGAUGCAAAACUACGAAAUUUGGAGAACUAAAAUAAAAUACCAGCGUUAUUUUAAACUAUCAUAUUUUUUAUUUUAACUUUUAUUAAUUUUAAAAAUUAUACAUUUAUUUUUAUUUUUGGAACAUUUUAUUGUUAAACCUUCAGUAAUUUUUGAAAAUUACGCAAGGAAUCUACUAAAUUAGAUCUUAAAUUAAUUGCUUAAAUGUUUUUAAAUAAUUUUUGUAGUAUUAUUGAUACUUAACCCUCUGAACUGG